CUUCCUUGCUCCCCCGUACCGCGCUCUUUGCGACAAUUGUGUCGCGCCCGACCGUGCUUUCUGAACAGCUGUCUGCAACUUUUGUCUCUUUGAUCCAGCACAUUCAUUGUUUUUACUGUUACAGAUUACAGGAGCUUUCUACCUUAAUUACUUUACCUACGGGCCUGGGCAGGCGCAUCACUUCCUGAAAGUGUCAACUUCGACGAAAUCCCGAUCUCGAGAACCCGGAGUCUCAGGGUCCUCAUUCCUGCCGGACUUCAUUUAACGCCCGACCGAGAGCGACCGCACUACGAUUAACAAAGUUCAAACCCUCCUUGAAAUCUGUCAAGAUGUCGGGAGGCGUGCGAAACCUGCGAGCCAUGUUUGAAAAUAGGGACCAGGCCGCCAGUCCUCCAGAUAAUAGGGGUCGGUCUCCUGGAGCGGGAUCAACGGGCGCAGCUAGUAACGGAACCUCACCGCGACCUCUCUCCAAGAUCCGAACCAACUUCGUGACGGUGGAAAAGAACGGACAAACAGGCCUCCAAUUGAGGAGAGAGAACAGUAGUGAGCCAAGCAUGGCCAAACGAAGAGGGAGUUUCAGCAUCGAUGAGCGGGAUCAGCCGGGAGCCACGGCAGAACGGACGGAAUCACUUGCUGCGGAGGUCAAUGCGAGGAAGAACAGUUCGGUAAUUGGGGAGGCCAUACCGGAAACUGCGGUUGAGACACCAUCGACUGAAGUCGACAAGAAAUUAGGGGAUUCGAAAAAAGAGGCUACAAAGGCCGCAGAUACGAAGGAGGAAAAGAAGAAGACCAUGGGUUCGACACGCAGUGCUACUACGCAUGCCGGCAACACAUCGAAUGGGAAGACCAAUGGCCACACUAAACCAGCGGCUACGGCAGGGACCGUAGGAAAGCCCUCCGCGAGCAGGACUACCACUCGGCCCGCUCCCGUUUCGAUUGCGAAGACCUCUGCGGCAUCCAAGGCCUCACCAGGGGCCGCCAAGUCGCCGGGAGCACCAAAAACACCUACGAUAUCGAGCCGAAGCCAUGCGAAAGAAGCAUCAACUAAAGCUUCUCUUGACAAGAAAUCGAGUAGAGCCUCGCUGGCAAGUCAACCCUCGAAGCCUUCCAGCAGCGGCUCAACCACAGGCCAGGCCUCUGCUCCUAAAACAAAGACACAGCCAUCACCAUCACGGUCUGGCUUCGUCAAGCCUAGACCAAAAUCACCCACGCGACCUGUGAAACUUCCGGCAUCGCUCACUGCCCAUACCGCUUCCUCUGGUUCGAAGACGGCAACGGCACCCACAACCAGCAGACAAUCGCUCAGUCGGGCUUCUGGAAAUUCCCAACCCACUAAAUCGUCGCAAGCCCAAAAAGCUCCAUCUCGGUCCUCAAGUCGUGUCGGUACCACAGCCUCUACAAAUUCCACUUCCAAUUUGACGCGGAAACCAUCAACUCUCAACAAGACCAGUAGUCGACCAUCACUCGGCCCACCUCCAGCAACACUUAAGAAGCAAUCAUCACGGCAAAGUCUAUCUCAUCAGACUGCACCUGUUGAUGAUUCCUUCCUAGCUAGAAUGAUGCGCCCAACGACUGCUUCAGCAUCAAAGACCACCGAGAAGUCUGAUGCGACUCCACCGAAGAAAGCUCAGCCUGUAAAGAAGCCUGCAACAAAGGAUGGACCACCAAAAAUGCAUAUAGCGCCGAAGACAAGUACUGCUGCUUCAAAGACGACCAAGCCAGGCGCGGUUUCUAAGCCUGCUACGAAAGAGACCAAGCCUCCCGUUUCUGUUGCGCCCAAAAAGGAAGCACCAAAACAGGCAACAGAGGAAGCAAAGCCUGUGGAGGAGUCUGCUCCUGUUGCGGAACCAAAUGCCUCAGAGGCUCCAGCGGCGUCUGCUGAAUCUACUACUGGUGAAACUGGAUCCGCCGAGCCUACUAAUGUCCAGAAACCCAGGACGGAGGAAGGGUCUGCAUCCGAGGCCCCUGCAGUUGACGAGCCGGAGUCGGUGGAUGAGGCCACCCCUAGUGAUCCUGUAGCCACGGCCCCUGCAGUAGAGGACAAACCUACUUCUGAAACAACACCAACCGAAGCUUCUCCAAUUGAAGAAUCGACUGUAGCCCCUGCCCCCGCGGAAGAAAGCCCGUCUGCAGCGACCGAAUCACCUGCCGCUGUUGAAGAGCCAGAAGCGGUGCUGGAAGACUCUGAAGUAUCCAAGCCUGAAUCAUCGAAAGAUGAGGAAGUCAAGACUGAGACUGAGCAAGCCACGGAAGUGGAGGAAGUCAAGACUGAGACUGUGCAAGCUGCGGAGCCGGAGGAUUCCAACGCUGAGGCAGCCCCAAAGGUCGAGGAAACAGCUGAGGUCGAGAAAGUAGCUAGGCCUACUCGAGAACCAGAGGAACCAGAAGAUCCGGAAGACGCUAAAGUGAGGGCAGAGAUAGCGAAAAUUAAUGAAGAGCUCCUGAGAGCAGCAGCGGCUGCUGAGGCUGCUAAGGCUGCUGAGUCUGCUAAGGCUGCUGAGUCUGCUGAGUCUGCUGAGGCGACGGAGGGUGCGGAGUCGAAAUGAGACAAGUUUGUGGUCUGUUGUGUGGGAUUCUCGAAUGGUGAUAAACAGGCUUGUAUUGGUAGGGACAAAUAUGUAGUAGUAGAGAAUGUUAGUGAGCGAUAUACCCCAAGCCCCCCUUGGGAAAAAGCAUAGGUCAUUUUCACAGUUUAAUAUAUAAUAAAGAAAUAC